AUUUUUAUCGGCUAUCCCAGUAGGUAUCUACCUAAACCUACAUCUUUUUUGCAUUCGCCAUUCAGCCAAAGAAGAAGAAGUGUACGAUCAACUUGUGGCUGUGUAAUAUCAUUGAUAAUAAUUGUUUUAGUUGUUUACCAAAUGGAUUUACAAAACUAAUUAUGGAACUCUUAAAAAUAUAUGUUAUCAAACCCUUAUCAUAGUUCUAUUUCCUACUUAAUUAUUAAAUCGUGUAAGGUUCAAUUUCGUAGGGUGCCUAGGUGGCUAUUACUAAAUGUCACGAGAGUACUUUGACAGUUCUGAUGAAGAUGAGAUGGAUAGCCAUGUCCUUGUCCGCCCUGAUCGUGAUACACAAAACAGGUGCUGUGGGGGCAAGGCAUGGUGUAUUAGAGAUAUCUGUGGGAUAAUAUGUGCAAUACUGACAUGGCUUCUAAUAUUUUAUGCAGAGUUUGUUGUAAUGAUGGUGAUGCUUGUGCCUGGAAUAUCUAAAUAUCCAAUAUACAGCUAUGUCAAUAUCAUCAUCUACCAAACAUUAGCAUUCCUUGCUUUUGCAUCACACCUUCGAGCUAUGUUCACUGAUCCUGGCGCUGUACCGAAAGGAAAUGCUACCAACGAAAUGAUUAAACAUAUGACUUUUCGCGAAGGUCAGCUUGUAUACAAAUGUACUAAAUGCUGCAGUAUCAAGCCAGAUAGAGCCCACCAUUGCUCUGUGUGCCAGCGCUGUAUCAGGAAAAUGGACCACCACUGUCCCUGGGUCAACAAUUGUGUUGGCGAAAAUAACCAGAAAUUCUUCGUGCUGUUUACUUUCUACAUAGCUGCCAUUUCGAUCCACUCGUUGACCCUCUCUGUGUACCAAUUUGUGACUUGCAUCCGACAUGAAUGGCGCGACUGCAGUGCGUACUCACCGCCUGCCACUGUGGUGCUCUUAUUGUUCCUGAUCGCUGAAGCCCUCCUGUUUGCUAUUUUCACCGCUGUUAUGCUUGUAACGCAGCUGCAUGCAAUUUGGAAUGAUGAAACGGGUAUCGAGCAACUCAAGAAGGAACAAGCUCGCUGGAUCCGCAAGUCCCGCUGGAAGAGCAUUCAGUCCGUAUUUGGGAGGUUUUCUAUUCUGUGGUUUUCACCGUUCACCCAGCCUUCGCGUAAAUCCAAACUGGAAAGCUACCUGUACAGUGUUUAAAUGGCAUUAUCUCAUAUACUAGUAUCAAAUAUUACCUGUACCUCCUUAUAUUAUUAUAUUUGAUAUAUGGGUUUUUUAUUCUUGUAUCGUACAUAUAGGUCUGGUUUGAUUUGGAUAAGCUUUAAAGUGAAAACUUCAGCGUCGUUGAGCACUUUCCUUGGAAUGGGUAUAAAAUGAUAAACUCGCGUCAGGACACCUGACCUGAUCGAAGAUUCGUAAGACAGUCGUUGAAAUUAUGGAUGAAAUUUGAUUUUUCUGAGAGAUAAACUUUUAAUGUAAAAUAAUUAUAAUAGUUUUGAUGAGAUAAAUUUUUCAUAUAAUAAAAAAUGGCAUUUUUGUGUGCGAUUGCGCAAUAAAGGAAUAUUGUAUUUAACCACAGAAAUGCUAGUAGUUUUAUAAUAAUAAAUAAAGCAAUUAGUGCGAAAAUAUUCUUUAACCAUUCCAAAAUUUUAAAAAAUGCACAACGUUAAUGUUCAAGUUUUCACAUCUGCUGGCACUCCCGGAGUGCAACUCGUUUUUGUUUAAUUUAAUUUAUUGUGAUUUAAUGUAAAUAUUGUGUACUAUACUUUAGCACAGACUCUUGCAAUUUAUUUAUUGUUUGACAAAUGAAUUCAUUAUUUCAUUAAAACAUAUUGUUUGAUGUAAGAUUGUCUGGCGAACUGAUAUUAUUAAGCAAUUUUUAUUAAGGCGUUUUUUGCGAAUGCUUUUCAUAUCAUUUACACUUAAUUACGCUUUGUACUAUUAGAAUUACGAUGGUCACUUAUGCGCGUUUUCUCAUCAUCUCUUGGCUGAAAAAAAAAAUUAAGAAAUAAAUUUUGAAUACGUGUCUUGGGGUACAGAUUUUUUAUUGUCUAAUGGAAAUAUCAUGUGUAUUUAAGGGGUGGAAGUAUACUGCUUAUAUUUUGCUUUGUGUCAUUAAUCAAUCUUAACACCAUAGUUUGACGUAAUUAUGUCCUUAUUAAAACUUGAAAACACUGUUUAAAUUAAAUUAUAUUAAUUUUAUCCAUUCAUUUUAUAUUAAUCAUUACAAUUGAUCGAUUGCACAUAAACUUUACCUUCUGAUUGUCCGUUGUUGUAUAAUUUUGUUUAUUUACUUCAUUCAAGGCUUAUACUAUCACUAUAUUUGUUAAAAUCGAAGACAACUUGUAUAAAAACCACGUUAGAACAGAUAUGUUUCGCAAAAACACACUGAACUAGGGCCUACUACAAUACUCUUUUUCUAAUCAUCUACGGCCGUCUUCAUUAACCUAUCUACCCUUAGUUUAACUUACAGAUACAUUGCUGUCACCAUUUAAUGACCACAUCUUAUCUAUCCAUAGUUCUAUUCUAUUCUAUUCUUCCUACUAUGGCUCCUGUGGAAGGUAUACCACAAGUUUGCCAAUGUCACGUUAAGGUAGACCACCAAGCUUAGAGUAUUCUUUUACUAAUUUUAAUGGUAGUGAUCGGUGCUUAAGAUUGAAAGAAGUUUUAUUUUCUUAUACCUGAAACAAAUAUACAUGCUGUUAGGACUAUAAGGGACAUACACAAAUAUAAUUACUUAAAUUAUUUGAUAUAAGUACUUAGUGCUAUUUACAACUUAAUCUUAUUUAUUUUAAUAUAUUUACACAAAAUAUAUACAAAUGGAGUGAAAACUAGGGAGAGGAGACAUUUAAAGGAAGUUGGAAGUUAUAGUCCAAUGCUAUCUGUCAAUAGGUUGUUGAAAUGUAGGUAAGCGUAAAAGGAUAGUUUCGUCUACGUCUAGUAAGUUAAACUAACGAUGGAUAGGUUAUUGAAAAAGAUCGUAAAUCAUUAUUUUAGUGUGCCAUGUGUGAAAUAUUACGUCAUAUCAAUGUCUUUUGAAUCCAUAUAGAUUAUUAAUGUAAGUGAAUCAGUCAGUUGUUCAACUAAGCGACAAUCCAGUAUCAGACUUACUUCAAGGCACUAGACUUUCUGUAAGGCACGAAAUAAGUCAAAAUUAUAUUUUUAUAAACACAGAAAUAUACAACAUAUAGUAUUUUAAUAUAAGAAUCGCUUAUGACUUUAUUUAUAAGUUCGAGGUUGUCUUAUUGUAAACAUUGAUUUUCUACAAUUAUGUACAGAGGACAUAAUAUUAGUUUUGCAAAUACAAAAUUCUUUUUAUCUCUGUACAAAGUAAAAGGGAUAGUAAGUUGGCAAAUGCGUAUAAAAUUAUCUGUAUUAGCGCCAUUUGACAUUGUUUCAAGAUUUGAUGAUGUGAUUCGAUUUUGUAGAAAUAAAGAUCUUGUACAUCACAGUACAAGUUUACCAAACCGUUUUAAAUUCAAAUAUUGUGUCGUUUACUGGUACUUGCGCAGACGUCUAUUUUGGAGCUAUUUUCCAUAGAGAGAAUUUAUUGUGAUCGUGUUUCGGCUCUGGCAAUAUUUAAAAAUUAUUGGCCAAAAUAAUAUUAUAUGGAAAUAUUAUAGCAAAAGUUGAUCGAUAUUUUUGAAGUUAGACCUUUAAUUGUUUUAUUUAAAACGUACCUAUAUAAUAGUCAUUGCAAUAUUUUAAAACGAACAAAAUAUUUAUAUGAUAAGUAAUGAUAAUUAAGUAGCCUUUUCUGUUAUUAUAUAGGCAAUGAGCAACAAAAAAGUUUUGUGAUAUAGAUACGAAUAUAUUUAUAAAUAGGAUCUAUAAUGAGGUCCUUGUUGUUAACACAAAAAAGUUUGUGUUUUAGAAAAAAUAUCUUUAAAAUAUGACUUAAUAACACCAAAAUUUCAUUAAACAUUAAAUAUUUAAAAAGAAAAUAUAUUAUAGCAUUAGUCCUUAUGUAUUUUAUAGUAAUGUAUUAAUUUUAAAGUUUAAAAUAUGCAUAUAUAAUAUAUAUGUAUCUUGAUAUGAAAGCAGACUGCUUGUAAACUUUUAACUGCCAACUGACGUCACCUAGAUCUUUCUAACCGCGUUAUUAUCACGCGUUAAGAAUUUGAAUGGAAUCAUAUAAAUAUAAUAUUAUAUAUUCUUUACAUAAAAUUAUAGAAUACAUCACAGAAUAGUCUAAUUAUUAGCUUCAAACACACACACACACACACACGCAGUUUCUUACACAUGUUUUUAUUUUAUUCUUUUUACUUUCUUUUAAAUUUUCUUUAUGUUUAUUUUUACACACACAAUCGUGUAAUUUAAAUUUAUCCCCACUCUGUUUGUUGACUUUCUAGUCUUGGUGUAUGUGCGGGGGCACCCAGUAAUAUACCACACAGGUUCCAUACCUAGUACAGGGGCCCUUGGAACUAGCUAGAAAUUUUUGUCCAUUUUCGGCCGUUCCCAAUAUACUAUCUACAGAUUGAGAUAAAUUACUAACUUCUACUGUCAGUAAUUAGUUGUCAAUAAUCUGAAGCUGUCCCAAUAUACCCGAUAAGUCAUUCUUAUCGCCUUAUAUUGGGACGCGUGAAUUGCAAUUUUCCAUACAAACUUCUAUCACUGUUAAGCUGUACGUCCUUCCAUUGACAGACAGCGUGUACGGUAAGGUUAGUUACUGUCGAUAAGUUUAUUGGUAUAGAAAAGUCAUCGAUAGUUACGAUUUUUAUCUCAAGUAGGCCACAACCGGAGAUAGACUGAAUAUUGGGAACGGCCGUAAGUCAAUAAAAGUAUUUUUUUAGGACAUCCAAAUGAGGAUUGAUGACAUUUUCUAUCUCUUUCUAGCGUAUAUUACUAACUCUUUGUAGAAACACAGUACAUGAGAAUUUAAUUUGAAAUAAAUUUAAUUUGUAUAAGAUUCCAUCACUGCUCUGUGUAUGAUAUAUAAUGAAUUCUUACUUGUAUCUACUUGUAAAAUGGUAGUAAUCGGAACAAAUUUAAAGCAUUCAAUGUAUAUGCUUCACUUUGUCUUAUAUUUACACACCACAUUUGUUAGCAUGACAUCAAAUAAUUUAUUUAGUUAAGGUUUGUUUGUCGUGAAAAAAUAGGAAAAAUUUUAGAAUUACUAUUCAAAGCAAGCUCACUUAAACUGAAUUAGAAUAACUAGAAUAGCAGUAUGGUUCUCAUGUAGCUUCAAACAAACUGAUAGGAGUGUUUCAGAAAAAAACGCUUUCGCAAAAAGUUCAGUUAACUGAAUCCAUAAGCUCAAAUCGUUUGACAAUGUUAUUGGUUAUAAAACAUCUUAAUAUAUAUAAAUCCAGUGUCCUGAUGUUUGUUCCCAGUGAACUCCUCAACUAAUUUAUGGAUUUUAAUGGGGAUUAAUUUAUGGAGUGCAGUUUAGUCUAACUUGAGAGUUAUGACAGUUUUUAUUUCCCAUAUUUGUUUUGUAUGGACAUAUUUUCUAUGAGAGAAUUUAUUGAUGCACGGUUUGACAGUUCUGCUGUGAAACAAUUUCAUUAUAACAACAGGGAGCAUAUUUUACGAAAUAAAUCUUGAUGUAAAUAUUAUGGACAUAUUCAUACAAAACAGUAUUAUAUUCAUUAUAUACAGAACAACAUAUGUCGGAUCAGCUAACUUGUAUAUAAAAUUUGAUGUGAUGUUAACAAAUGUAGCUUUUACAAUAUUCAUUUUUCGUAGUAGUUUUUUGGGUUAUUCCACAUUUUAUAGUUGUUAAUAGGCCUAAUAUAGUUACAAGGUUGUUAUCAAUAGGCAACUUAUUUUUCAUAGAUGUGUUGCUAGUAUGUUACCCAUGUGUAGUUCAAUCAUAGUUAUUAAGUGUCACAAAAAUAGCGAAUAGGUUGUCAAAAUAUAAAUACAUAUAUCUAUAUAUUUAAGAGAGAAAUAUAACAAUAAUGGAUAUAUUUUGUUGUAUAAUUGUAAGGACCGUUGGUUUACAGUAGAUAAUUAAAGUAGUGAUGUUGUAAAUGAACGGCAUAUGAAUAUGUGAGUGACAAUUAUUGUUAAGCCGUGGUUGAUACUAGCAACUUUAAAGUAGCCUUAACAUACUUCGACAAGCAUUCGAAAUAACUUAAUUGGUUUUAAAACAUAUUUUUCCACUUACCAAUGGCUGUCACAAAUAAUGAAAAUUGUAGCACAUUGACUAACCUUUUGGUUUUCUCGUACGUGAUAGGAUUGAGAUAGAGGGGGAGGGUUGGGGGGUCUAUGAGCGCAUUCUGUUUGAUACUUUGACCUCUAUUAAAUACCACUGCACUGGCGGUUGCCAAAGUGCUUAUGUGCCAGUUUGAUAUUCGCCAUUUUGGCGCUAAUGGCCAUAUAGCGAGAGUCUGCGGUACUAAAACUGGUGAUGACAAACAACCUCAGCAAACAUUUAUAGAUGGUGGGAAACUAUUUACAAAAAAACAUUUAUUUAUUUAUUUAUUUGUGUGUAUGUGUACUUUAUUAUGUUGAUUCUUGAUGUAUAAAUUACACGGAAAAAGAGCGAAGUUAAUUCAAAAUGUAGAAAUAAAGAGUAUUGUAUGUCAAAAUUAGUUCUCAGGACGCUCGCGAGUGGCGCUUCAAAUAGGGACAAAAUUUUGCUGUCAAACAUAUGGAACAGCCUGUCAGUGGUAUUUAUACAGGUCAGUGGUUUAAUAGCAAUAAAUACUUAUUAUUUAAUGUUUAAGCUCGCUGGGCAAUAAUCAUAGCUUUGAUGUUUUAGAGGCUGGAUAGUUCAUUGUUUUAUUGAACUGAUUAUUUUAAAAUAAGAACAACGGCUUUACUUAUUAGGUAACUAACGUUCAACAACAGAUAGCCCGAUUUGUUGAUGCAUGUCACCAUAUUGUGUCUAAUGAUAUUUAUUUGUAUAAAUCUUAUAUAGAGUGAAUAGAUAUAUACUUUCCCAGUAUCUACAAGACUGGCUUCGACGUAUUUUUGUAUUAUAUACCAUUAUAAGAUAUUCGUUGAUGUGAUAUUUUAUAGUCAACAAAUAUAUCGAAAAUGUCAUCGCCCAAAUCAAAAUAUAAUCUUAUUGUAAAAUUCUAAAUAUAUCGUCGCUACUCGAAUACUUAUGAAAUACCCGCUUAGAGAAAUCAAUGUAUUAUUCUCAAAUGGUAUUACGCCUUGUAUGAGUAUCGACUUAUGUACUAUGGCUCUCAAUAAGGAUAGUAUAACAUUAUCUCUACUUACAAAUAUUAUAACAUUUAAAUAUGUAGUUUUUGACAUAAUAUAUAUAACAGUUAUAAUUCCAGAGAUUGUGAUCGUAACGUUUUAAAUAUUUGUAACUUCUUUGCACGCAUUUUAUUCCAUACUCGUAAGAAAUUUCACUUUAUUCAAAUAUCGUCAUCAAAUGGUUUUACUAUUCAUAAAAUAAUAGGAUAGAUUGCAAUCCCUUAACAUUUUAUUUAAUGACUUCAACAAUCAGCUGGUUUUUGUAAUGAAAUUUUUCGCAAAUAGCUGGUUUAACCAAUAAAAUUAAACCAAACGGCUGGUCUAACCUACAACCGAAUAGCCAAUCCGAUCGUUAAAAUAUUACUACUAUACAUGCGUUCCUUUUUUGCAUCCUACCCUUGGGGCGGGGUUUGUUUCCCUUCGGAUGAUCCUAGUGCCUGCGCCGUUGCAGUAGCCGAUGUGAUGCUGCAGGGCAUGGAUAUUUUUAUACCAAGCUCUGUAGUACCGAUCGGUGGCAGAUCACAGUGGCACAGAUGCGUCAGUUAAAGCAGCAUCUGACUGCAAAAAACAGGCGUAUCGAACUUGGGUUGCGGAUCCGAACUGCAAAGUUCUGAAGAGGAAAUAUAACCGUGCCUCCAGAUUUUUUAAGCGGCAAAUCGCCCGUGCGAAAUCGAAGCACGUCGUCAAAAUUGGCGAGCAGCUUUCCAGUUACCCGACCGGAACACGCAAGUUCUGGUCGUUGUCGAAAGCUGCUCUUGGUAACUUCAACCAGCCGUCCAUGCCGCCGUUGCACAUGAGGAAUGACACCCUGGCCCAUACGGCAAAAGAGAAAGCCGAUCUCCUGUGCACUCUUUUUUUCCUCCAACUUGACUCUUGACGACAACGGAAAAACACCGCCGACCAUCCCGCGGUGUCAGAGCUCCAUGCCUGAAGUACAGUUCCGACAGAAAACUGUUAGGCGAGCUCUGUUUUCGUUGGACGUCAGGAAGUCGAGCGGGCCGGAUGGCAUUUCUCCAAUCGUGCUUAGAACGUGUGCCCCUGAGUUGACGCCGGUGCUAACGCGUUUAUUCCGGCACUCUUAUUCAAAAGGCGUAGUCCCUGAUUCAUGGAAGUCAGCCCUUGUCCAUCCGAUCCCAAAAAAAGGAGACAGUUCGGAUCCGGCAAACUACAGGCCUAUUGCUAUUGCCUCCCUACUCUCCAAAAUCAUGGAGAGCAUAAUUAACCGCCAGCUCUUGGUAUACCUUGAGGGUCACCAGUUGAUCAACGACCGGCAGUACGGCUUUCGCCAUGGUCGCUCGACUGGCGAUCUUCUGGUAUACCUAACACAUAGAUGGGCGGCGGCUAUUGAAAGCAAGGGGGAAGGCCUGGCAGUUGGUCUGGAUAUAGCGAAGGCCUUUGAUCGUGUAUGGCACAAGGCGCUCCUCGCAAAACUUCCAUCAUUUGGGCUUCCUGAGAGCUUAUGCAAGUGGACCUCCAGCUUCCUCACUAGGCGCAGCAUACAGGUCGUUAUCGACGGUUAUUGCUCGAAUCCCAAGCCCGUGAACGCUGGAGUGCCCCAAGGCUGUGUGCUAUCUCCCACGCUGUUUCUUCUAUAUAUCAAUGAUAUGUUGGACACCGCCAACAUGCAUUGCUAUGCAGACGACAGCACUGGUGAUGCCGUAUACACGGGCCAUGCAGGUCUCUCUCGGGAAAACGUCGACCAGUGCCGGGAGAAACUUGUGUCUUCUAUCGAGUCUUCUCUCGAGAAGGUCGCGGAAUGGGGUAAGUUGAACCUUGUCCAAUUUAACCCCCAGAAGACUCAAGUUUGCGCGUUUACCACUAAAAAAACCCCAUUUGCCGUAUCACCGCUCUUCGAGAACACUUCCCUUAAAGCCUCGCCUAGUAUCGGAAUACUGGGUCUCGAAAUCUCGAGCAAUUGCCAAUUCCGUGGCCAUCAGGAGGGCAAAGGCUUCAAAGAAACUGGGCGUCAUAAAUAGAGCACGGGAAUACUUCAAGCCGGCCCACAUUCUAGCGCUCUACAAAGCGCAGGUCCGGCCUCACAUGGAGUAUUGCUGUCAUCUGUGGUGUGGCGCCCCCCAGUAUCAGCUCGAUCCAUUUGACCGCGUGCAAUGCAGAGCAGCUCGAAUUGUCGGGGACCCAGUACUCUGUGAACGGCUGGAUCACUUGGCGUUGCGUAGAGACGUCGCUUCAUUGUGUGUCUUCUACCGCAUUUAUCACGGGGAGUGUUCCGAAGAGCUGUUCAACCUGAUUUCUGCCGCCGAAUUUCACCUUCGCAUGACACGCACAAGUUACGAUAUCAUCCCCACCAUCUGGAUGUGUGGCGGUCCUCCACAGUGCGGUUUUCAAGGAGCUUUCUUCCACGUACCACGAAGCUGUGGAAUGAGCUUCCUUGUUUCCGGGACGAUACGACAUGGGUACCUUCAAGAAAAGCGCGUACACCUUCCUUAAAGGCCGGCAACGCUCUUGUGAUUCCUCUGGUGUUGCAGGAGAAUGUGGGCGGCGGUGAUCACUUAACACCAAGUGACCCGUACGCUCGUUUGUCCUCCUAUUCCAUAAAAAAAAAAAACAGUUGGACUGACUAAUGAAUAUUAUAAAAAAAACAGUCUGACUGACCAAAGACAUUACUAGAAGACAGCUGGGCUACACAGUUAAAUUUCAUUACCAAGCUAGACAAUUAAAUUUUAUUGCUUAACAAACAAAAUUUUAGGAAAUCAUUUUACAUUUCUAACAAAUUCUUGUCUUGACCAAUCAUAUAAUAUUAUCAAACAGCCAGCCUGAUCAAUAAAAUUUUUACUUCUAAACAGCUGGCUUGUGCAAUAAAAUUUAAUUUUUAAACAACCUGGUCAAUGCAAUAUUAAUGUUAUUUUUAACAGCUGGCCUAGUCAAUUUAAUUUCUAAUAAUCAGCUGUUCAAACCAGUAUUUUAUUACAACAUUAUUUUGACCAACAAAAUUUUAAUGCUGAGAAAUUGGCCUGACAAAUCUUAUUUCAUUUCUGCUACCAUGAUCCAUCACUUUUUAUCACAAGAUAACCAGUACUCGCCUACCAAACAGAUCGUUUAUUUUUCUUUAAUUUCACUUUCAAGCAAUAUAUAUUAUAAAACAAAUAAAUUACCUGGCGAAGCAUCCAGCAUUCAACGAUAAAUAUUAAUUUAGCUGUCAAGUAAUUAUUUAUCAUCGUUAUCAUUUCAGCCGCACACUGCUGGACAAAGGCCUCCCCCAGAGAUCGCCAUGACGAUCGGUCCUGCGCUGCCCUUAUCCAACGUUUUCCGGCAACCUUGACCAAAUCAUCGGUCCAUCUUGUGAGGGGCAUACAAACACUAAGUCUUCCGGUAUCGCCAUUCGAGGACUUAACUGCCCCCACGGGCACCAGUCCGUCGAGGUACUUGCCCUGCCCACUUCCACUUCAGUUUCUCAACCAUUUUUUUAGAUGGUUGCGAAAUUAUUCAUAUUCUGGUAUACAUUUGGAUUGCAAUCUAAUUACCUAAAGACAGGCUUCAUAUUCUGUCAUCCAGUAGUUGAUUUUUAUAUAUUUUUUGUAUUAUUUUUCCUAGUGAUAUAAGAUAUCAUUCAGUGUGUAAAGAGCAUUAUCAUAAGGCCCUAAGUGUUAUAGAGUUGAAAAUUAUUUUUAAAUACUUAAAAAUGUAUUUAUUAUUGAUAAGUAGAGGUAUUAAGAUAAGAUGCUGAAACUCAGUUAGUGCUUAAUAUUUUCUGUAAGUUAUUUAUUUUCAGGUCGCUGUGUAUUUUUAUCGGUCGUUAUUGGUAGUUUAGUAAAUAAAUGGUGAUUAUAC